AUGGGCCCUAAGAAAGGAGAUGCGGUCCGUGGAGGAUCCAAAACUUCAUCAAAAUCGGCUGCGGCAGAAAUCUCCAUUGACGAUUUUGUGGCCUUGGGUGAUCCCAAAGGCAAGUCCAAAGCCACGGAUCGAACCAAGGCGGCUCAGAAAGAUAGCAAAGAUGGACCGGGAGAAGAGCAGAAGAAACCAACGGUACGAUCGGUGAUAGGAGGUGCUUCAUGGACUGGCAAAUUGCCUGUCAAUAUGCUCUCGGAGCACUGUCAGAAGCAGAAAUGGGAGAAGCCAGAAUAUACAAUGAUCAAAACCAAGGAUGGUUUUAUUUCAAGCAUUAUUCUCAAGAAAACCAACCUCAAGACAAAGGCGACCACUACCCUCCCCCCAAUGCGAUUACCUCCCACCCACCAGCAUUUGGCUGCCUAUCCUACCGCGAUGGAAGCGCGACAUUUUGCUGCGGCAUAUGCUCUCUUCCGUGUAUGUAAUAUGCGCAAUUUGCACAUGAUGAUGCCACCCACAUACCGCAAUCUCUGGAAAGAGGAGUUCACCCAACUGAAGAAUGCGGAUGUGAAAGAAGGGAAAGGCUGGAUGUAUGAAGCAGAUCCGUUUAACGCUCUGCAGGAAAGGGAGCAUGCAGUAGCGGAACUCACGAAGAAGAGAGCUGAACGGGAGAUGGAGAAAGCAUCCCAGAAUCCGAAGCUGCUGCAGCCGGGCUUAAAUGCCGCUGCAGGGAGCGCAGGAACUAAGAAUGAGAAGCGCUGGUUACAAGCUUCCAAGGUUGAGAUGGGGAGUAAUAUACGCCGCACCAUUGAAGACUUGGUUAGGAAAAAGGCUAUCUGGAAUCCAUAUGGCAUCCGAAUAUCUGAGGCGCAAAAAAGGCAGAUUGUUGAUGAGUUGACGGGGCUAGGUUUUAGGAGGAGCCAUGUUGAAGAGGCGGUGUCUGAAUGCAAGGACCGUGAAGAGGUUUUAGAAUGGCUCUUGAUACAUAUUCCAGAAGAUGAUCUCCCGGCAUGGAGUCUCCCCGAAGGAUAUGCAGCUGGAGUAAGUCUAGCCAGUGGUGACUUAUCUAGGGAAUCCAAAGUUAAGCGACUUGCGAUCUCUGGUUAUUCGCCAGAUUUCUGCGCCGAAGUUCUUGAUAGAUAUGGUGGCAAUGAACAUCUGACGGCCGAGCAACUCCAACAUAUGCUCUUACAUGACGCCGUUCUGCCUUUGGAUACUUCUCAGGACGUCGACACGGGGGCUUGGGAGGAAGAGCAUUUGACUCUGGAAGCAAUAUAUGGCGAGAGAUAUACGAAGACGUCCUCCAUUACUUGUCAGGUUAGCUCUGACAACUCAAAUUUACCGUGCGCCACAACAUUCCAUUUCCAACAACCAUCAACCGCUUCAUACCCGACUUACCCGCCUAUUCUAUCAAUUGCAGCAAAGGAGAUUCCAGCAUACAUACGCCUUAGCGCUAUUCGACAGGCUGUUCAGCACGCGAAUAAGGCCCUCCUUGGAGAUCCCAUGAUAUUCAAUUUAGUAGAUUGGCUCGAAGAAAAUCUCCCUCGUAUUUUAGAAAAUCCAGGGAAAUUACGGACCGUAUCUAUCGAGUCAUUUUCCGAUGCAAGUGCUGUGACAACUACCCAAAGAAUGUCUCAAUCAACUAGGAGAUCACCAAAACCACUUAACCUAAGUCCUGGGACGCCACAAAGCCUUGCAAUCAGAACAAGGUGGGAAACUCAACAAACUACCCCAGCCCAACUGAAAAUGCUGAAGGCUAGACAGUCGCUCCCUGCAUGGGGUAUGCAGGAGGCAAUUAUCCAUGCUGUCAAUUCUCAUCAAGUCACUAUCAUAUCGGGUGAGACUGGAAGUGGUAAAAGCACCCAGUCUGUUCAGUUCAUCCUGGACGAUAUGAUAAAAAGAGACCUUGGUUCAGUUGCAAACAUUGUCUGUACGCAGCCUAGACGGAUUUCUGCUCUGGGGCUUGCGGACCGUGUUAGUGACGAGCGCUGUUCCACCGUUGGUGACGAAGUUGGAUAUGUUGUAAGGGGUGACUCCAAACUAAAAUAUGGUUCGACGAAGAUUACCUUCAUGACAACGGGUAUUCUGCUACGUCGUAUGCACACAGGCGGCCCAGACGUUGUCAGCUCCCUUGCAGAUAUUAGUCAUGUAGUUGUUGAUGAAGUUCAUGAACGGAGCCUGGAUACAGAUUUUCUUUUGGCUCUGUUGCGGGAUGUACUUCGGCAUCGCAGAGAUCUUAAACUCAUUUUAAUGAGCGCUACAUUGGAUGCGGACAUCUUUACACGUUACUUUGGGGGAGAUUGUAAAGUCGGGCUUGUUACCAUAUCCGGGAGAACAUUCCCGGUUAAAGAUCUCUAUAUCGAUGAUGUCAUUAGGAGAACGGGAUUCAACCCAGGAAAUUCACUGUUGGCCUUUGACGAAAACUGGGGUUCCAAUGAAGAUGAUUCUGUAGACCCAAAUGUCGGUUCCAUACUCCAGAAGCUCGGAAUGGGCAUUAACUACGACUUAAUUGCAUCUACCGUUCGUUACAUUGAUUCUCAACUGCAGGGCAAGCCAGGCGGUAUCCUGAUCUUUUUACCUGGAACGAUGGAGAUUGACCGAUGUUUGGCAGCUAUAAACCAUCUUCCAUUUGCACAUCCAUUGCCGUUACAUGCAUCUCUGCUCCCAAGUGAACAGCGACGAGUCUUCAUACCAGCACCUCCCGGAAAAAGGAAAGUCAUCGCAGCCACCAAUGUCGCAGAAACGUCUAUCACAAUUGAAGAUGUUGUUGCUGUUAUCGACACAGGUCGUGUUAAAGAGACACGUUAUGACCCUGCUGACAACAUAGUCCGUCUGGAAGAAGUUUGGGCAUCGCAGGCUGCCUGUAAACAGCGUCGAGGCCGAGCGGGUCGAGUGAGUAGUGGAACAUGCUACAAAUUGUAUACACGGAAGGCUGAGGCCAACAUGGCUCCAAGGCCAGAACCAGAGAUCCGACGUGUCCCACUUGAACAGCUAUGUUUAUCUGUCAAAGCAAUGAGAGGAAUCCAAGACGUGGCAGGAUUUCUGGCAAACACACUCACCCCACCUGAGAACGUUGCUGUAGAGGGAGCGAUUGAACUACUUCACCGUAUUGGGGCGCUCGAUAACCAGGAGUUAACCUCCCUGGGUCGAUAUAUUUCAAUGAUCCCAACUGAUCUGCGUUUAGCGAAACUGAUGAUAUAUGGUGCAAUAUUUGGGUGUGUCGAAUCCUGCUUAUCGAUCGCUGCAAUACUUACAGUCAAAAGCCCUUUCGUAUCUCCAAGGGACAAAAGGGAACAGGCAAAACAAGCCCGAGCGGCAUUUUCCUCUGGAGACGGAGAUCUACUGAUAGACCUGGCAGCGUACCAGCAAUGGUCGGAAAGAGUCAAGCAGCAAGGCUUCUGGAAAACGCAAUCCUGGUGCAAUGAAAAUUUUCUCAUGCCAAAAACCCUCUGUGAAAUAUCCUCAAACAGAUCGCAGCUCCUAUCUUCCCUCAAAGAUAUCGGCAUACUCCCCAUGGAUUACAGAACCCCAGAUGAAAUCACAACCAAACCCUCCACGACAAACCGCUGGAACAGCCACAAUUCUAACACACUGCUCCUCCGCGCCCUGAUAGCUGGAGCUUUCAACCCCCAAAUCGCAAUUAUCAGCUUCCCAGAAAAGAAAUUCGCUGCAUCCAUGUCCGGGACAAUCGAGUUAGACCCAGAUGCCCGCACGAUUAAAUACUUCAACCAAGAAAACGGCAGGGUAUUCGUACACCCAAGCUCCAGCCUCUUCGACGCGCAGAGCUUUUCCGGCUCCGCCACGUACGUGAGCUACUUUUCCAAAAUGGCUACGAGCAAAGUCUUUAUACGCGACCUCACCCCCUUGAACGCAUACAGCCUCCUCCUCUUCUCCGGGCCUAUAACCCUGGAUACAUUGGGUCGGGGAGUGCUCGUGGAUGGGUGGCAGCGACUUCGCGGCUGGGCACGGAUUGGCGUGCUAGCGUCCCGCCUACGCAUGCUGCUUGACAAAGCCUUGGCGCAGAAGCUGGAUAACCUGGCCCUCGAUGACGAGGGCGAGGAGCAGGUGAUUGAUAUAGUACGGCGUCUUGUUGUCUUCAAUGGGCAGGACCAAUGA